GGGAAAGAGACAGCAGUCUCCUUGGUUACAUUUUGUUACACGAAGUGUUUAUGUUCUUUUCAAUGGCGGCAGAAAGCAAAAUAAAAGCGGUGUUUUAUGGGUCUGAGAUACCUGCAUCAAUCAAGACACACCAAAUCACGGCUUGAAGAGGUGGCGUGCUAUUCAAAGCCAUUCAGUUGUUUUUAACCACCUGUCACACUUCCUUCGGAGGCAGAGGUUAGCGAGAGAUGAGUGGGAGAGAUCUGCGUGCAUUUCUAGCGGGUCAUCGGGCUGAGGACACAGAGAAGCUGACCCAGAGACUGAAGAAUGGACUGGGCCUCGCCAAAUACAAACCGGUUCAGUACGAGGAGCUUCAGGCCAUGGUGGAGGCCAAGAGACUCUCAUCUGAGCACAUUGAGUACAAGGUGAAGAAGACUCUGCGUGCAGCUCAGGAGAGGAAAGAGAGCAGCUUGCUGCGACAGCACAGACAGGUGUGGACUUCAGAGGCCUAUAGACUUGACAUAGCCAGAGAGAGAGCAGAGGCAGAUAUUAGGAGUUUUCUGAACAGAAGCAGGUUGGAGGUCCAGGAGAACGGAAAUGUUCCGAGUGAGCUACUAGAGUAUGAGCUGCAUUUGGAGCAGGAGCGUGAGGCCUUUCAAUUGGCCACAGUAGAUCCAGUGUACCAACUGAGAGAGGACCUUCUCUACAGAAUGACAUCAGGACCCCUAGCAGGCAAUCAGGAUGCAGAGUGGGAGCAAGUCCUCCAGCAGGUGGUAUUUGUGAAGGAACAGCAGCAGGGUCUGAUGGACAGGCUGGAAAAGGAGUGUUUUUCACUCCAACAAGAGCUUUCUGCUUCUGGACUUGAGGCCAGUCUGGACUCUGCAGCAGUGGAUGAGUGUGUAGCUGCUCUGGUGAGGGUGCCGCAAGAGGUCUUGACCGCAGACUGCCCUUACACUGACCUCAAACUGUCCCUCAUCACUGCCUUUCACUCGCUAUCAGACAAAUACACACAGCGUCUGGAGACAGUGCACAACAGGCUGCUGGGCAUGGACAGGAACUGUGGCUGGUGUGAAGAAGACCACCAGCGUUUCCUGCACACUGCAUGCCAGUAUUGUCCACAGCUGAGGAACCACAGAGGCCUUUGUAUGGACAUGCUUCACAGAGUUUUACCUCACAUCUCCACGGCAGAGCUGAGUGCUCACAGGCGGAGCUGGGACUGGUACAAGUUCAGUCAGGAGCGUGAGAGGCUGCUGUUGGAAUGCUGGAACAGGGACUGGACUGCGCUGCUGCUCCGUGCUCUGGAGGUGCUGGAGGAGGCCAGAGACAAGCAUAGAGAACAGCAGAACCUGCAGAAGCAGCGCACACAUCAACAACACAUUUGUGCUCAGCUUAGACAGAAGGUGCAGCAGUGGCAUGAGCAGCAGGAGGAAAUUGCUUGUCUGGAGGCAGCUAUAGCAGCACGGUGGGAGGAGGAGGAGAGAGAGAGACAGAGAGAGGAGCAAGAUAGAGAGUAUACCAAGAGAAGCAAACAGAAACAACAGGUGCGUGAGUUUCGUGAGGAACAGCAGAGGAGGACAGUGGAGUGGAGGAGGAGGGAGGAGGCGAGACUGACACAGCUCAGGGGAGAGAUGGAGGAGCAGGCCCAGAGAGAUAAAGAGAGAGUGCAGUUCAGGGAGAGGCUGCUGGAGCAGAAAAAACAGGAGCAGGAAGAUAAAGGCAGACUAAAACAGAGAGAGGAAGAGGACAGAGAGGAGAGACUGAAGAACCUACGUAAUCAGGUUGCUGUGGUAGCAGAAGCAGACCCAGAGAGGAUGAUGGGACAAACCGAAGCAUGGAGAACCCGUCUUGAGCCUGAGAAAGAAGAGUUUACACUGCAGAAACCCCUGUAUCACUUACACACAUAUACAGAUACACAGAUUGUGGCUGACCCCAGGGUGCGUAUAGAGCAAGCGCUCAGGACGGCUGGCCUCCACCACACGCCCUAUGCCAGAGCACUCCUCUCUGAGAUCCGGCCGCCAAAGCCUCCCCGAAGGGACACAGAGUCCACUGUCCUCAGGUCCUAACCCCACAGUUAAUGUUAAUGCAAGCCAAGGCCUUGAGACAGAUUUGUUAAUGUUUCACCUCCAGCCCAGGCACAAAACCAAAAAUAACAAAAUAAACCACGAUGCCCCAGACGUUUGCCCUCAAACAAGUACAGGAAGACAGCCAGAAAGAGAAAAGAUCAUUUCCCUCUAAAAUGCACUACCAUGUAUUGCUCUAGAAAAUUAAAUAUUAAUUUCAGAUGUGAAUUUUAUAUUGCCUACAUCCAUCAUGGAAGAGUGGGAGAUGUAAAUGUUUCCAUUACUGUUGAAGGGGCUUUUAAGAGCUCUGCUAUUUUGCCUCUGCUGGAGCCUUUAUUGCAUAGCUGAAAGACUGAAAUUUUGAAUAGAGACGCAUUAGAGAGUGUAGUGCAUGUAUUAAUGAUGUUACAGAAUAAAAACAAACAAAAACACAUACUGGCUGGCAACAUGCACUGGAAGAGAGUGGAUACAGGUUGGAUUUAAACUGUUGUGAGUUGUUUGGCACGUAAAGGUCCACUGCACAUUUAUGAUUAAAAGCAUGGCUCAUCUUCUGACCACCCAAGUUACGAAUGCAUGAUAUAUAGUUCUCAUACCAAACUAAUCCUUGCAGAUCUCUUUCCAAAGAAGAACAAGCUUGUUUUAACACUAUAUUUAUUCACAAAGCACAUUUACAUGCAUUUUGUUUCACACAUAACAGCAAAUAAAAAAUAGUUUAUAAAGCACAUUUGUUCUGCACAUUUAGAAUACAAUACAUACAUAACAAAUUCAUAAGCAAAGCAUGGAGUUUCAACGUCCAUCUGAGCAGCAUCUGUGUUAAAUAAUACAAAUACAGACAAAUGAAACUCUAUUUACACUGUACAGAAGUCAAAGCACAGCACUAGCAUAAGUUUAGCACAAGUUUGUUUCCAGGCUUUCUUAAGUGUUCUUAGAUUCUGAAUGAUGAUGCCCAUGUGUUUCUUAAAGAAGGAGAAGGUCUAAUGUAUCUAGGUCAGCGAUGUUGUAUUAUAGUCCCACAGCACUGCAUCGUUGAGAGCGGUGGGCACAAAACCUCCUCCGGAAGGUCUACUUUUAUGUAGGUUUCACCUCCAACCCAAAUCCAACAAACCUCAUUCAGCUAAUCAAAGACCUCUGGAGGCAAUGAUCACAUGGAUCAGUCUGCAGGAGCAGGGUUGGUGACCGCUGGUUUAGAGCUUAGAGCUCCACCUCAGCUGAUGCUGCUAUUCAGUUUUCAAGUUGAAUGGCGCAUGUUGGGGUUUGGGGAACUUGAGUAUGUGUAAAAAGCCAAAUUAGGCAUUCAUUAAACAUUUCUUGGUGAAAGAAUUAGGGCAGGGGU